GUACAAGCAGUGCUGAAGUAAAGGAGAACCGUAACAUUGGCAACUUAGAAGAUCAUUCAGUUACUUCUAAUGAAAGAUCAAGAGUAGGAGCUUCCAGUGUCAAAAGAAAAAGACCUCUAGAAGAGGGCAAUGGUGGACAUUUCUGCAAAUUUCAGCUCAUCUGGAAGAAGGUCUCAUGGUCUGUAACACCAAAGAAUGCCCUGGUUCAGCUACAUGAACUUAAACCUGGUUUACAAUAUAAAAUGAUUUCCCAAACAGGCCCUGUCCAUGCUCCUGUAUUUGCAGUUGCUGUGGAGGUCAAUGGACUUACAUUUGAAGGCACUGGACCAACAAAAAAGAAAGCCAAAAUGAGGGCUGCUGAACUAGCCCUCAAGUCAUUUGUACAGUUUCCCAAUGCAUGUCAAGCACAUUUUGCCAUGGGAAAUUGUUUCAACCCUUCUACAGACUUUACAUCAGACCUGGCAGACUUUCCAGACACUCUGUUCAAGGAGUUUGAACCAUCUGCACACAAUAAGGACUUUUCAGUCUGUAACCCGGUUAAUAACGAAUUACUUUCUAAGGCCUACCGUCAUGGGAAGCUACUCUACCGCACGUUGGACUUCAUGGGCCACCCUAAACAAAACAAGCACAAGAUGGCAUCUGCCGCCAAGAGUGAAAAGAACCCAGUGGUGUUGCUCAAUGAGCUGCGGUCAGGACUGAGGUACGUCUGCCUUUCAGAGACUGUGGAGAAGCAGCAUAUCAAGAGUUUUGUGAUGGCUGUGAGAGUGGAUGGGAGAACAUUUGAAGGCUCGGGACGUAGCAAGAAGCUGGCUAAAGGUCAAGCAGCACAGGCUGCGCUGCAGGCCCUCUUUAACAUUCGUCUGCCCAGUCACAUUCCCAGCAGGAGUAAAUGUAAUCAUUUGCCACAGGAAUUUGCUGAUUCCGUGUACCAAAUAAUUACAGAGAAGUUUCAGGAGGUGACGGAUAACUUUGCUGCCCUCCAUGCAUGUCACAAAUCCCUUGCAGGAAUUGUAAUGACCAGAGGUAUGGACAUUCAGCAGGCUCAGGUUAUUGUGCUCUCUUCAGGCACCAAAUGCCUAAAUGGAGAAUACCUUAAUGACCAAGGACUCGUGGUCAAUGAUUGUCAUGCAGAAAUUGUGGCUAGGAGAGCUUUCAUUCAUUUCCUUUACUCACAGCUGGAGCUGCACUUGAGCAGACAACGAGAAGACAGCGAGCGAUCAAUCUUUGUGCGGUUAAAAGAGGGAGGCUACAGGCUAAAAGAGAACAUUCUGUUCCAUUUGUACGUGAGCACAUCACCUUGUGGAGAUGCACGCCUCAAUUCCCCCUAUGAAAUCACAACUGACUUGAACAGCAUUAAGCACAUAGUAAGAAAGUAUCGUGGGCAUCUUCGAACAAAGAUUGAAUCUGGAGAAGGAACCAUUCCAGCUCGAUGUCCCAGUGCAGUUCAGACAUGGGAUGGUGUGUUGCUGGGGGAACAGCUAGUCACAAUGUCUUGCACAGACAAAAUUGCCAGAUGGAAUGUCCUUGGGUUACAAGGCGCACUUCUUAGCUACUUCAUCGAGCCAGUAUAUUUGCAUAGCAUUAUUGUGGGAAGCCUCUCUCACACUGGUCACCUUUCACGGGUAAUGAGCCAUAGAUUAGAAGAUGUUGGUCAACUGCCAGCUUCAUACCGAUGCAAUCAGCUUCUCCUGAGUGGAGUAAGUAAUGCUGAGAGGAGGCGGGCAGGGAAAUCUCCUGGUUUCAGCGUGAAUUGGAUAGCAGGCACAGCAGACUUAGAACUUAUUAAUGCCACAACAGGGAAAAAAAACUGUGGGAGUUCUUCACGACUCUGCAAGCACAUGUUUUAUACUCAGUGGGCAAAACUUUAUGGAAGGCUGAGCACAUCGAUAUCAAGCCAUGGAGAAGUGCCAUCAGUGUACAGCGAGGCCAAGCUAGUGGCACACGUCUAUCAGUCUGCCAAACAGCAGCUGUUCAGAGCAUUUCAGAAGGCAGGCCUGGGCACUUGGGUGAAAAAACCCCCAGAGCAAGAUCAAUUUCUACUCACGGUGUGA